CUUGUGUUGGCUUUGGACACAAUGAGAAGGGCUCAGAAUCUGGCCUCUUCAAUACUGGGGAGAGCUCUGGUCCCAGUCCUUGAGGGAUGCGCCGCUGCAUCCUCACCUUCCUCCUCUGCCACUUCUAUUAGUGUUCAGCGUAGGCUUCUCCAGGUGGCGUUAUACAAUACUAGUAGUAGCGGCUCGUCGGGUCGUUCGCGGUUGUUCUCUGCCUACGUUGGACGAUCUACGAGAGUCUUAUCUCUUGGGGUCGCCGGAGUCGUUUCCUUCUCCGUUGCCGCUUCUUCUAUUGUUCCUGAUGUAUACGCCAAGGAGCCACUCGCUUCGGAGUACCUUCCCAAGGAUGCCGUCCUUUACCAGUACGAAGCUUGCCCCUUCUGCAACAAGGUUAAAGCGUUCCUAGACUAUUAUGAUAUACCAUACAAUGUCGUGGAGGUGAACCCCAUCAGUAAAAGGGAAAUCAAGUGGUCUGAUUAUAAGAAGGUUCCUAUAUUGACUGUGGAUGGUGAACAGCUGGUCGAUUCAUCAGAUAUAAUUGACAAGUUAAGUCGCAAGAUUCAUCCUGAGAAAUCAGUUGAUUCUCUUCCGGAUGACGAUGAAGAGAAGAAGUGGCGUAGGUGGGUUGAUAGUGAGUUGGUGCAUGUCCUAUCCCCAAACAUUUACCGAACUGCUUCAGAGGCUCUUGAGUCCUUUGACUAUAUCACAAGCAAUGGCAAUUUCAGCUUUACCGAGAAAAUAACAGCGAAAUAUGCGGGAGCUGCAGCUAUGUAUUUUGUGUCUAAGAAGCUGAAGAAGAAAUAUAAUAUCACUGAUGAACGUGCUGCACUGUACAAUGCUGCAGAGACUUGGGUGGAUGCUCUAAAUGGCCGGGAUUUUCUAGGGGGCUCAAAGCCUAAUUUAGCUGAUCUUGCCGUCUUUGGUGUUUUAAGACCCAUCAGACAUUUGAGAUCUGGUAGAGACAUGAUAGAGAACACACGCAUUGGUGAUUGGUACACAAGAAUGGAAAGAGCUGUUGGUGAGUCUACAAGGAUCAAAGCCUAGGGUGAAGCUUUUCCUGGUUAGUCCAUGGUGGUGCCCUAUGCUUAAACCUUGAGGUAACAGUUUGCUCUUUGCAUUGUACGGCAAGGACAAAAGCGGAAAAAAUUUGGAGCAUAUAUAGUUUCAGUUUUGAUCGGAAUUUCUCCUAUUGUUUAUAUAUGAAAUUUUGCUAUCACAAAAUAUUAUUCACUAUUUGUUGAAUUGGAGGUCUGGAUUCUAAUAAAAAAUGACUACGAUACUGUUGUG